AAACUAUUUUGAUUCAUAUUUAUUAUUAUAACUUAGUUAAAAAAAAAAGUGAAAUAAUUAACAUUUUGCAGUAAUUAUAUUUAUAAUCAUUUCGAAUCCAAGAAAAAUGGAGUUUAAUGUAAGUUUCAUGACCGGUCUAGGUUGUGGCAUCUGCAUCGGUUUAUCGCUAUUUGCAUUAAAAAAAUACCUAGGAAUGUCUUCUGAAACCAGCCAUGUUAUAAAAAAGUUUGCAUCAAAAUCUGAAUACAAGCUAGUAUUAGUUGUAAGAACAGAUUUAAACAUGGGUAAAGGGAAAAUAGCAGCACAGUGCGGUCAUGCAGCUGUUGGAGCUUAUGAAAAAGCAUUGAAAAUUGAUCCAGAUGGUUUAAAACUAUGGCAAUUGACUGGUCAAGCAAAAAUAGCUCUUAAAACGGACUCAGUAGAUGAAAUAAAGCAAAUAGCCGAUAACGCAAAGAAAUUGGGUCUAGUGACAUCAUUAAUAAGAGAUGCAGGCAGAACUCAAAUUGCACCAAACUCUUUAACUGUACUUGGUGUGGGUCCUGCACCAAAAGACAUUAUUGACAAAGUUACUGGACAUUUAAAAUUGUUAUAAAUAUAUAUUUUAAUAAUGAAA